CCGGACUCUGCCGGAAGUCUCUCCGGGCCGCGGCGGAAACGGAAAGCUCUUCGGGAAGGAAGGAGUAGUGGCGUGUGAAUUUAGGUGUCGCUAGGUGAGCUGGUGUGAAGGGAGGCCGCUAGGGUCAGCUCGAUCCCGGUGGGAAAGGGAGGGGCCUGAGGACAGGGGUCCGAGUAGGAGGGGGCCAGUGGGCGGUAGCCGAAAUCUGACCGGCUUCGAAGGGCGGGGUCGCGACGCUCCAGAGGGCACGAGGCCCCGAGACCUGGGACUUAGCGGUAGCCGAUCCGUCGACCCUGAGCUCACGGGAGGGGAACCUCAAGGCCUCCGUCAUGGCGGUGCGAGCGUCUUUCGAGAACAACUGUGAGAUCGGUUGCUUUGCCAAACUCACCAACACCUACUGCCUGGUGGCCAUCGGAGGAUCAGAGAACUUCUACAGCGUGUUCGAGGGCGAGCUCGCCGAUACCAUCCCCGUGGUGCACGCGUCCAUCGCCGGCUGCCGCAUCAUCGGGCGCAUGUGUGUGGGGAACAGGCACGGGCUCCUGCUGCCCAACAACACCACUGACCAGGAGCUGCAGCACAUUCGCAACUGCCUCCCAGACUCAGUGCAGAUCCGGCGGGUGGAGGAGCGGUUAUCAGCCCUGGGCAAUGUUACCACCUGCAAUGACUAUGUGGCCUUGGUCCACCCAGACCUGGACAGGGAGACAGAAGAAAUCCUGGCUGAUGUGCUCAAGGUGGAGGUCUUCAGACAGACAGUGGCUGAACAGGUGUUAGUGGGAAGCUACUGUGUCUUCAGCAAUCAGGGAGGGCUGGUGCAUCCCAAGACUUCAAUUGAAGAUCAGGAUGAGCUGUCCUCUCUUCUCCAGGUGCCCCUUGUGGCGGGCACUGUGAACCGAGGCAGUGAGGUGAUUGCUGCUGGGAUGGUGGUGAAUGACUGGUGUGCCUUCUGCGGGCUGGACACAACCAGCACGGAACUGUCGGUGGUGGAGAGCGUCUUCAAGCUGAAUGAGGCCCAGCCCAGCACCAUUGCCACCAGCAUGCGGGAUUCCCUCAUUGACAGCCUCACCUGAGUCACCUUCCAUGCUGCUCCUGGGCUCCAGCCUCUGGACUUUGGCUCCUACCCCCACACCUGACCUGGUCUGGACUUGCUGCUGCCAGGAAGGUGUGGCAGAGGGAUCAGUGAAACGGAGUGGAUGGCGCCUCAGCCCUGCACCGGUCCCAUCUUCUGAAUCUGUUGUUCCUGCAAAAACCUUCAUGUGCUCUGGCUCCUGGAUGUCCUCUGCUGUUCUGGGGGACCCCAUUAAAGGGCACCUGCCUCUGGCCAUUCUGAGUGUGCUGUCUGUGGGCCUCAGCCUGUGCAACACCCUCUCCCCAUUUCAAGCAUUCUGGGAGGGCAGAAGGGGAGAGACAUACACAGGACACAGACUUCUCUGUCAUUAUCAACAGGAGGCCUCAUCCCGGGGCAAGAGGAAGAAGCACUCCUUUGUGUUCUCACAUUUUCCACACAGCUUGUCUUGGUCUUUAUAAGAAGAGACGCGUUUAACCUUUUACAUCCCACGUCAGGGCAUUUUUUACCUUUUUGACCUAAGGUGAAUGGAGGUGACUGCCCUAGGCACCACCAAGCCUCCCUUGCAUUGGUAGCCGAGUCGGUAUGGCGGCCAGGGGCUGUGAGGCCGUUCCCAGGCUGGACAGGGCGGGGCGUCGAGGGCUGGGCUGGCGCUGUGCUUGUGGCCCCGCCCCGGGUGAGAGCUGGGGUUUCCUUCCUGGAGGAAGUCGAGCCACGUCCGCCGGUGAUGACGUCACGAGGCGGCUCCAGCCCCGCUAGGUGUUGUGAUCCAUAGGUGUUGUGGUCCGGCUGACUUGUCUGCUUGAGACCAUGGGCUCUCAGCUGAGUGGCGGCCCGGGCGACCCUGAGCCAACGCAGCCGGAACCUGAGGGGCCAGCGCCACCGGAACAGGCCCCGCCGGAGCCGGAGCCGGAGCCUGGCCCUUGGGGGCCGCUGGACGACGUGCGCUUUCUCAUCGCCUGCACCUCCUGGUACUGACUCCGCCGCCUGGAAGGAUGACGAGCUGCCGCCCAGUCUUUGCAGCCUUGGCUCGGCUGGCCUCUUGUCUUCUCUCCCCAAGACUGCGUGUCUCUUCCCGAUCUCCGCAGAUAGGCAGAGGACCUGAAGAGGUCGGCCGGGGCCCGGAGCCCUGGAAGGGCUUCCUUGUGGGUACCGGUCAUCCCAACCUGAGCUUAUUCGCCCUCCCGCCAGGAGCCAAUGCCAGCUCUGACCUUCGUGUUUACCCCCACCCCUCUCCACCUGUUUGCCUGGGUGCAGCCUUCCCCAAACCAGAACCAGGCCAGGCCUUCUGGUGAGAUUCUAUGACUGCUGAUCGCC